CUGAAGGUGAUUCAUUUUCAGGGCGAAAAAUUAGGAACUAUCGAAGAGGAGCUCACUCAUUGGUUAGAUCGUAGUAAAUCGUCAACAACAAAAUCUAGCAAAGAAGACACUUUACCAAAGAAAUCGGCCACAUUUCACAAUAUUGUCGAUCUACAAAAGACUCGUGAGUGUCUUUAG